AUGGUUAGCGAGAUUGCAUGGGAUCCUACUGGCCGCUAUAUUGCUUCUUAUGUAAGCUCUUUCUAUCAGAAAAACGAUAAUGGAAUCAUCUUUUGGAAUUGUAUCGGUCGGCAAACACAUCGUAUGCAAUUAAAUUUUCUUAAGACUUUUGUUUGGCGUCCACGUCCUCCUAGCCUCCUCUCAGCUGAACAACUUCAAGAACUUAAGAAAAGCAUGCACAAAUACAGUGAGCGCUUUCGGAAGGAGGACAUUAUGCUAGCCUCUAAGGCUUCUCGUGAGCUAAUCGAGCGACAACAAAAGCUGGCUACCUCGUAUGCUGAAUGGCGCAAGUCCCUUUCGAAACGUUAUGAUGAGGAUGAGCCUAAACGAUCGGCUAUAAGAAGUGAGUUUAAUAACUAUAUUUUAAUUGAACCAUCCAUAUUUUAUUCAUAUUAA